GCCCAGCCAUGUGGGCAGGGCUGGGGCUCCUCCUGAGCCUCUGCCUCCUCCCCGGAGGAGGGGCAGAGAUCCAGAACUGCCAGGAGCCCCCGGAAUGGCAGAUUGGGGAGGAGAGCCCCAUGCUCAACGCCCGGGGCUCCGUCACGGUGGUGGCUCUGCUGCAGGCCAGCUGAUACCUGUGCCUGCUGCAGGCCUCCAGAUUGGAGGACCUGCGAGUGAAGUUAGAGAAUGAAGGACUGGUCAAUGUCUCGUAUAUAGUUGUCAACCACCAGGGAACUCAGUCACAAAGGAAAUUUCACCUCCUGAAAGAAAGUGUUUCAGACUAUAUUACUGUCUACCAGCAGGACGAGCAGCAAGCUGAUGUCUGGACUACCUUAAAUGGAAACAAAGAUGAUUUUCUCAUUUAUGACAGAUGCGGCCGUCUUGUGUAUCACUUGGGUCUGCCCUACUCCUUCCUGUCUUUUCAAUAUGUAGAAGAAUCUAUAAAGAUUGCAUACUGUGAAAACAAGUGUGGAAAUUGCUCCUAUACGGAACCCGAUAUUAGCGAAAUAUGUGAAAACAUCACUAAAAAGGCAGAUGAAAAGCUAGCGGAGAUUGAACCAAACCCAGCUGGCCAACACUCUCACCACCACCGCCCGCACGGGCACCGGCACCGGCCCCACCACCACCACCACCACCACCACCGCGAGGGCAGCCCCCGAGCCGAGACCAACCAGCAGGGUCCCGGCGAGGGCCCAAGGCGCCGUCCUCGUCCUCCUCCUCACAGCGACAGGCAGCGCGGAGGCGCUGGCCACCACAGGCACCACCACGGGGGCAGCCAGGAGCAGGGGGAAGCUCUUCCUCAGGGAGAAGGUGCGGAAUUUCUGGCGCAAUAUAAACAGCUAUGACAAAAGGCAAAAAGCAGCUGUAAAAAUCAGCUAACUUGAAACUGGGGGAAGGCAUCAGAUGUGACUUCUAGUAGUUGAUGCUGACAUUGCAGACACCUUUUGUUUGAAGAGUUAGGGAAUUCUGUCACUUGACAGUGUCGYGGGGCACUUCCAAAUUCUUGCAGGUGACACGGGCAGCUGCGAGCAGAGGACAUCACUGAGUCCUGACAGUGACGUCUGCUCUCGGCUGCCUGACAGUCAUCAGCAGCCACUGAAAAUAGCGACACCUGACAGUGACAGGAGAAGGCAGGGAGCUGAGCCUGAGAAACGAACUAAACACGACAAAACGUUGCCUACAUUCAUGCAAUUGGAACAAGGGAAACAUUAACAGAUUCAAUUUUUACUGUCCCACACUUAGAAAAAAAUUAAAGACAGGUGACAGGAAUGUGGAGUUAGAAAUGUCAAUAUUGAAAACUGGAAUUUUACAGCAGUGCUCUUAGAACUACACCAAACCUGUCAAGUACCAUCGAUAAAAAAGUAUUUUAAAGCAAUUUAACUGACCCAUAGUUUGUUUUUCAGUUGUAGAUGAAAGGUGUCUGCAUUCUUGACUAAUUUGUCUUUCU